AGGAGGAGGGAGAAAUUUAGCGAAUUGUGUGGCAGGGUCAUGAAGAGGAGGCGCUGGCGGGAGAGCGGCGGAGGCGGCGGAGGCGCGAACCUGCGGUAGCCGCAGCUGGUGGUGUGGCCAAGCGGGAGGACGAGGGUCCCGGCGGGCGGGGCUCGGGGCUGAGCGGCCGUGGAGUGGCCUCUCCCGGCCCCCCGGCUCCGCCAUGUUCCGCAGGGCACGCCUUAGCGUGAAGCCGAAUGUCAGGCCUGGUGUCGGCGCCAGGGGCUCCGCCGCUCCUCAUCUGCUGCGUGGCGCCGAGGCGCCCAGGCCGCCCGGGCCUGCCGCCGAGUCCGCUCCGAAGUCGGCCGAGCCCACACCGGUGCCUGCGGUGGAUUACAGGGGAGCGGGGCCCCAGGAAAAGGCUCCCGGGAGAAGUGAUACAAAAACUAAUGGUGAAAAUGUAGAAGAGUCCAGCAAAUCGUCCUCUACUGUUUCACAGAGAAGAAAGCGAAUAUCAAGUACUUCUAGUCUUGUUAAACCUGCUGUCAGUGUUUCUUCACAAUCGCAACCCUUAUCUACAGUUAAUCAAGAUGCUGCACAACCAAGUCCCAUUCCAACUAAAGAGAAACAGCCAUGUUCAGACAGAUACCGAAUAUAUAAAGCCCAGAAACUGAGAGAAAUGUUAAAAGAAGAGUUGAGAAAAGAGAAGAAACAAUGGAAAAACAAAUUUGCUACAAAUGAAAGUCAGAGGCCACCAGAUCGUUCAAAAAUGACUAUGAGAGACUUCAUAUAUUACCUUCCAGAUAGCAAUCCAAUGACUUCUUCACUGGAACAAGAAAAGAAAACUGAAAAAUUAUUGACUCCAUCCCAGACACAAGAUAGGCAAGAAAAUAAAAGUACUCAAGAUGCUGAAGAUAAUGAGGAAGUGGAUGAGGAGGCUGAUGAUGGUCCAUUGUUGGUUCCUCGAGUAAAAGUGGCGGAAGAUGGUUCUAUUAUUUUGGAUGAAGAAAGUUUAACUGUAGAAGUUUUAAGGACAAAAGGCCCCUGUGUUGUGGAAGAAAAUGACCCUAUAUUUGAGCGUGGCUCGACAACUACAUAUUCCAGCUUUAGGAAGAACUAUUAUUCAAAACCAUGGUCAAAUAAAGAAACAGAUAUGUUUUUUUUAGCCAUCAGCAUGGUAGGAACUGACUUUUCUAUGAUUGGACAACUUUUUCCUCACAGAGCAAGGAUAGAAAUUAAGAAUAAAUUUAAACGUGAAGAAAAAACAAAUGGAUGGAGAAUAGACAAAGCAUUCCAGGAAAAACGCCCUUUUGACUUCGAUUUUUUUGCUCAUUUGCUUCAGAAAGUUCUUGCUGAAGAAGAAAAAAGAAAACAAAAACCUACUAAAAGUCAGAAUUCAAAGGAGAAGAAAUCCUCCAAACCACAGAAAACCAUAAAAGCAAAGAAAAUAGCUAGUGAAGGAGUGACUGAUGAUCCAGAUGAGUCUGUGAGUAGUAACAUUUCGGACCCAGAAAGAUCUCAGAAGGAUGCUCAGACAGUUGCUGAAGAGGAAUCUCUGACUUCAUCAGGACAGGAUUUGGAACAAGUUAUGUUAGUAAAAGACCAAAAUCUAAAGAAAAGAAGGAGGAAGAAUCAAGAUGAAGCUAAUGAACAGGAAGCAAAGAGUCUUUUAGGGAGUGCCUGUUUUCAGUCAGGCCCUGUGGAAGCUGAAGUACACAAGAGUAAAUGUCCUCCUGAGGCAAAUGAAGGUGAAUGCAAUAAGGAACAGAUACUUUGCUUCACACAGAAUGUAGAGGACAUUUUGGGUUUAGCCGCCAGUGAAAAGGUGGAGAUGAGAACUGACCCCGUCCCUGCCACAUGCAAUCAACAAAAUACCAUGCCGGUAGCAGCUGAAUCCGCAGAAUCAAGUGCUUCAGAUUUCCCACUGUCGGAAGGUAGGAUUGCUACCUCAUGUGAAGUAGGUAGAGCUGAGAGUAGUACAGAAGAAAGGGACUCUGGCCUCGAGAGCACACCACCAAAUACUGAUCAAGCAGAAAAUGUUAAACCAAAAUUGAGAAGUCGACUCCAAAGACCCAAACCCAGUCUAUCAAGAGCAAUUGGGAAGAAGUCAGUUGUUUCACAGGGUAAAACAGAUGAAGAGAGUGAGACGUCACCUUCAGAAACUCCGGUUGAAAAGAAUCCCCUGGAAAAGGAGAAGGUGAAUAUAUCUGAAAGUUUGGGGAUGGAAAAUAUAGAAAGACAGAACCUAGAAGCUGAAACUGUAACUAAUCUGAGUGAAAAAACUUGUCCACUGGAAGACAAUCACCCAAAGGUUUUCAGACCUACACGACUAAUGAGGGGCCGAAUGCAAAGACCAAAGCCAAAUGUAGAGAAAGCUGCAGAAAGAAAAGAAAUUCUCACUUCACAGAAAAAAAUUGGGGCCAAUAUAGAAAAGAAUGAAAAUGACUCCUGUGUUGAUGGAGAAAAAGACAAAUCCUGUGUUGAUGGAGAAAAAGAUGAAUCCUGUAUUGAGUCCUGUGUUAUUAUUCCUCAACAAAUGGAAAAUAAGUCUUGUAAAAUUGUCCAGUGUGAAGACAUAUUACAGCCUGAGAAAAACUCAACUUCUUUAGAAAAUGUGCAACUGGAUACAUCCAAGGUUCUUAAUGAAUAUCCAAGUAGUAUUCAAGAGGGUAAUAAAGCAAAUAAAUUAAAACAAGCUCCAGUUCUAAGGACUCGAUUUCGGAAACCAAAACCAAAUAUAGGAAAGAGAAUGGGAAGAAGAAGAAUGUCCUCAAAGGAAGAGGUCCCAGAGGAGAGUCCUGUUUCUGGGGAAAUGACAGCAGCUUUGGAAGAAAUUGUAAGACCAGACACUUCAAGGAAGAUGCUACCAGAUGUGACUGUUCCUCCUCCUAGUACUACUGUGGAAUUAGAGUCUGAUUUCAAAGAAACUGGAAGAAGUGAGACAUCUAAUAAGAAGGUGUCAGAAAUGAAUGAUGUCACUGUGGAAAUGGAUAUAGAUUUGGAAUCAAUUGGAAGAGAGAUUUCCGUGGGUGAGGUGCUACCAGAAUUGACUGAUACCACUAUGGGAGCAGAUAGAGGUUUGGAAGCAUCUGUAAACAAAAUUUCUCCAGUGGAGAAGGUGCCAGAGUUGAUUGAUACCACUGAGGAAAUUGACACAAAUUUGGAAGAAACUGGAAGAGAAAUAUUUUUACAGGAAAAUGGCCCCAAGGAAGUCAGUCCAAUUAGUGAAAUGGAAACAGGGUUGCAAAAAACUGGAAAAGAGAUGCCCACAGAAGAGAGAAUUCCAGGCAUAAUUGAUAUCAGUGAGAAAACGGAGCCUGAUUUAGAAGAGACUGAAAGAAGAGAAAUGGCUGCACUGCUAAAGGCCCCAGAGGAGGUUGGAACCAUAGGCAGAAUGGAGGCAUACUUGAAAGGAACUGGAGGAGAAACUUCCCAAAGAAAAAAGGCACUAGUGGAGUUGAUUGUGGUAGAAGAGAAAGAGAUUGAUUGGAAAGAAACUGAAGCAAGAGACAUGUCCAUGCUGGAGAUGUUGUCAGAAAAGACAACUGUUGUUGCAGAAGCUAGCACACAUGUGAGAGAAACAAGAAGGGAGGCUUCUGCCUCUCAGGAAGGAGGAUCAGAAGAGAUCUGUGUUAAUGAGAAAAUGGUGGCAGAUUUGGAAAGAACUAGGAAAAUAGAUAUUUCCACAACAGAAUAUGAACCAGAGAAACGUAAUACCUCAGGGCAACUGGAGUCCGGUAUAGUUCUGAGCAUUAGUGAUGACAGCAGCCCUGGGCCUUCACAGGAUAGCACAAACAUUAACAAUAAAAUAUCAGUGAUGACAACAUUUGUAGAAGAAAAAGAAAAUGGUGAAAAAGGAGUUUUAAGUCAUCUGAAGUCUUCACAGAAUUCUGGACAUCAGGAAACUGCUCAAGGGCCUCCAGAUGUGUUGGAGCAGUUUUCAGAUACUAGCUUAAGCAAAGCUCUUCCUCAAGAACAGAAGCCACUUGAAGUUAAAUCAGUACCUUUUCUGAGAAGUAGAUUCAAAAGACCAAAACCAAACUUGGCAAGAGCAACUUUAAAGAGAGUGACCCCAGAAGCAGAACAGUGUGUCCCUGGGAAGAAAUCGGAAACAGACAAAAUAGAGAAUGUCCCAAUACAGCAGGACAGUGAACAAGCUGCUCAAUGUGAUGUGUCUUCCUUGAUGACAUCAAGAGAGAAUGAUAAAUCAGGUCAUAAGGAAGAGGAGACUAUGAUACUACCGUGUAUACAGACAGAAAAGGAUCCUUUACCUUCAAAUUCAUGUGAACCUAAAGAAGAGUCUCAGUUAACACAAAACCAGGAAAAAGGCUUAGUUUCUAUGGGGACUCAGAAGAUGAACACAAUCCCACAAGAAACAAAGCAAAGUGUUGUUCAAAUUGCUUUACCAGCGAGGGGCCGACUUCAUAGACCGAGACCAAAUGUGCUUAAGGCUAGACAGAGGCAAAUAGUAGCAAAAGGUGAUGCUGAAGGCGUAGCUAAGGAAGAAGGAGCAAUAGCUCCAAAAGAUGAAACUCAAAAGAAAUCUCUGACUGUGUCAAAUUCUCAAAUUGAAACUGAAAUUGAAGUUGUGUCCGCCAAAGUUUCAGAGUGCAGAGUGAAUGAACAAGGUCAUGUGGUUCCUGUAGAAAACUUCAGAGUUAACAAAAGCAAUGUUUUACAUGAGAAGAUAAGGCAUGAAAAUAAACCAUAUGUUCCCGGCCAGGCACAGUUGAUAAGAAGGCGAUUUCAAAAGGCUAAGCCAAAUUUAGGAGGAGCACAGCAUAAAAAAGAGCAAUCAGGUAUAGAAAAAGACACAACAGAUCAGACUGAGGCACAAAAACCAGAAAAUAAUUUGCUGCAGAAGGGAGAUUCCGACAACGAACUCCUUCUAAAAGAAAAGACCGAGAUUCUGACAUCUCUGGAGAUUUCAGCAAGUAAAGAUUGUGUAGGUUCUAAAGAAUCUGAUUUUGCCAAAAAAGUCACUGAACUAAAACUUGGAUCAUCUGGAAGUGUUGGAGAGGAAACUGUGGAAGAUAACUCUGUGUCUUCUGUGAUUGAAGAGCAGAGUCUCAGUAAACAAACAAGCUGUCCACAACUAUUGAAAGAAUCAAGUUGUUCUAAAAUUGCUCCACCUCAAAGAACAACUCUGUCUUCUGCCUCUGAGUGUGCGCUAGAUCAUCCUGGGAGGAGAAUGCCUAGGAAGAUCAAACCAAAUGUGACCAAAGGGCGUGGAUCAAAACGAAGUCGAGGUAAGACUAAGAAGGAACCUAGAGCGUCCAAGUCCAUGCUGGUGACUCUUCGAGCUUCCCAGGAUGAGGAUGAAGAUGAUACUGAGGAUUUUGAGUCUGAAUAUGAAGAAGAUACCUGUCAUCUUGCCCCAGAAGAAUUAAACAAAGCACCAGUAUUUGUACCUAUUGGUCUCAGAUCCCCUGAACCCACUUCUGCCCAGAUCGAGGAAACAAUGGAAGAGCUUGAAAUAACCCUGGAUGUUGCAGAUGUAGGAUGUGUAACUGCUGUGGAGCAUCAGCUUCCAAAUACAAAUGUGACUACUCAGGAAGUGCAGCAAGAAAAACACUUGCAAACAUCAUUGUUUGAAUUGACUACAGGUCAACAGACCCAAGAUCAACCAGGUCCCAGUGAUGGAAGCACUGAAGCUGCCAUAGCUCUACUUACAAUGGGAGAGAUAGUAUUGCAAUCAGAGAUCGUUACUGAACAGAGUGAUGUAGGAGUAUGUGUAUUUCCUGAUGUUCAUUCAAAGGAUAAAAGUCAUGUUCCUUUUAGCCCAGAUAAUGUAAAUCACAAAAUUGUUCAUGAAUGUCAGGAGCUUUCUUCACCUGUCAUUAGUAUGUCUCCUGCAUCAUUUGAAGAAAACAAGAUUGUAUGGAAGGAACAAAAUACUAAAGAAGAAGAUGGUUUAAUGGAAGAAGCAGUGAAGAACACUCUACCAACCAGGCAUACAGCUUCUAUAGUGACCAAAAAUUUGAGAGUGAGGAGUAGGUUUGUUAAGUCUAAACCAAAUCCUGAGACAAUUUCAGGGGCCAGUGGGUUUCAUGGUCAUCAGGAAACUCCCAGUUUUUGUGUAACCAAAGGGACAGAAGUGGAAAUUCAAAAUGAAACUGAGAAAAAUGAUCCCAAAGCAGUAGAUUUGGAAGCUAAAACCCUUGGGCCAGUUAUAACAGCAGAGAGUAAGGAGCAGAAGCAAUUGGUGUAUGCACCCAAUGUCAGAGGGACCAGUGCUUCACAAGAAGCAGGCCUAAACUCAAGAAAUGAAGCUCAAGAGGAGAGAUUACAAGAAGCGCACAUGUUCGUUGCUCCAGUUACUUCCUCUGAGAUAGGGCUUCACACACUUGAUUCUGGUCACGGUCUUGGUGACAGUUCUGCUGAAGAACCACCCAGUGAAAACUCUAAGGACAGCAUGGUCAUGCUUCAUGUGCCACAGUGUACACCAACUAGUAUUCCAGAAGUCCCAGAAGAGAGUGUAAUCCCAGAAGAGAGUGUAAUCAGCCCUCAGGACCUUACAGUGAAUCUAAUUGCUAAUAUACAUCAAGAUGGAGAAGAUGAACAAGCAUUCAUUUUGACUUUGGUGGAAAUCCCAACCAAUGGAGCAGAGGAAUUUACUGAUACCUCCAUGCAGUUAAUGCCAAGCUCUCUGCUGCCAGCACCUAUAUUGGUCAAAACAGGGAAUACAGUAGAAAGAAGUGACCUGAGUGGGAGUUUACAAGCAACUUCAGUUGUUCAAGAUGCUGUGUGCUUAUCUAAUUCUGGAAGUGAUGAUUCUGAAAAGCCUCCUCCUAAUUUGGGUCUUAUAUCUAGGAAGAGACAUCAUUGCAAUUCUGAUGAAUGCAGUCAUGUUCCUCCUGCUAAAAAAUCCUCACUCCCUUCAGGAGUUGAUUGUCAAGAAUGUGCCUCUGAGGUGCAUUCAGUUGAAUUAAAUGUUUUCCAGAAACCAGGGGAGUCUUGCAAGGGACAAGAUAUUUUCCCCACUGCAGAAAGCAUACCUACAACCUCAGAACCUCAACAAGAGCAAAUGGAACCAAGUUUUCAGAAUACAGGAUCCAGAUCUCUUGAUGAGAUAAGAGAUGCCUGUAUAGAAAAGAAUACUACACAGUUGCCUCAGGAUAAGAUGGUUGUGUCUAAUGAAGAAGAAAAAACUGAUCCUCCUUCUAAUUCUGAACAGAUGAACAGCAGAACAUCAUCUUCAAAACCUUCUCUGUCCAGACCUGGCCGAAGACCUUUGGGAUUUUUGUCUUUGAUAUGUCCAAAGAAUAGUUUGGAUGCUGAUGAAGUGACUCAGGUCCAUAGUAAGAAGCGCCUGAAACCUCAUAUACCUGUAUCAAGACGGAAUUUGAAAAGACCUAAUUCACUUAAGGCAAACCAGAAAAAAAAUCCAGAGUCUUCUGCUCCACUCCCUUCUCCAAGUGUUGCCGGUGCUCAGUCUGAGAGUACUGGUAGCGCAGCAGCUCAGGUUUCUUCUGAUCAGCCAUCGCCAAAAGAAAAAUGUAAAAAUGAGCAAAAACAGGCAUCUGAAGAGGAAGCAACCACAAUCUCAGAGUAUUUCUUUGGUGAUAUCUUCAUUGAAGUGGAUGAAACAGAAUAAAACAAUCUUGGGUUUUUCCUUUUUUCUUUUUUUUUUUUUUUUUUUUUUUUUUUAAGAUUUCUAGAGUCAAUGACAUUAGCAAAGCAGUAUUUAGAAAAAGCAUCACUGCCUAUCUUUCUUUAGGUCAAUUUUGAGUAUUUAUUGAGCUUGAUUUGAAGCUCCUAUAAUCAUUGGAAAACAUUUCUGAGGCUUCUUUCAUUCUGAUGGACUCAGCAUUUUGGAAAUACCAAGCAAUUCAGAAUGCUUUCUGAGACUGAAAUAGGAACGCUUGUUUACAUUGGACUCUUCCUGUGCCUAGCACACCUGGACUUUGGGAAUACCGUGGAGAAGUAUCUGUGUAAAUCAUCACGCCAGCAUAUUUGGAACUUGAUUGUAUUUAACAGUCAGUGAACUUUUGUAAAUGUGGUUUGGUUUGCUUUGUUUCGUUUCUGUUUUCUUUUUGGAGGGAUGAUGAAGGCCUUUUCAAUUGUUGUAAGUUCCUAUGAGUACAUGAAAGGAAAUUGGAAAACUCCACUUUGGUAUGGUAAGUUAAAACUUUAAUAUUAUCAGCUGUCUGACUGAAAAAUGUAUUUUUCUAAUCCAUGAUGAUGUAACAUUAGUUAUAAUUGAAGAUCUAGUAUUUAAACUUGCUAUUUAUAAAGAUGGCACAUCAAAAGAGAUUAUUUAUUUUAAUUUUUUUUUAUUUAAAAGUAUAUCCAGUUUUAAUUAUUUUCACAUAACAGAUUGUGGGUAAAGAAAGCAUUAACAAAUAUUUGUCUCUUUUUCCUCUUUAAUUUAAAGAUAUUUUUAAAGGUCAUGACUAAAAAUGUUUAGAUAAUGUCUACGUUUUCAAUAUUUCUUUUUCUUAUACUUUAGUGUGUUGAAUUUGUACUGUGAAUUUUUUGUUUUUCUUAUUCUAUGAUCUCAGGAUUUU